AUGGCCGACGCGUUCUCGUCGCCGGGCUUCAUGCUCUCGGGAACCAUGGGGCGUUCGUUGGGGGGCCCGCGCUUCGGCUCGCAGCGCUUCCACGCCCCGGAAGAGCCAACUGAGGAGAGCACCCUGCCCCCUCAGCCCGUCUUCAGCGACGUGGAGCCGCCGCUGAACGAGCAGGGCGGCGCGCAGGAGUACAUCAUGCCCAUGGCUUCCGAGCAGGCCGAGGUGGACUGGGACACUGAAGCCCACCUGCCGGACGAUUUCGGGCCAGCCGGGCAGUCGUACGAGCCUUUGGGCGCGGCGCCGUGCCGCUGGAUCGCGUGCGGAGCCUUCCACACCGCGUGCGUGACCGCGUCGGGCUCGGUGUACGCCUGGGGGUCGAAUGGCUACGGCCAGUGCGGGCAUGGAGACGGGGCCCGGGCGGCCUGUCGGGAACCACGCUGGGUCGCGAUGCCAGGCGACGAGCGCGCUACGCAGGUGUCGUGCGGUAGGCUGCACUCCGCGGUGGUUCUCGCGAGCGGGCAGGUCGCCACGUGGGGCUACGCGCGCGCCUUUCUCGGACACGGGGACUUCCGGGUGCCAGAACACGCCCCGAACCUGCCCUCCCCGCGCAUUCUGCACCUCCCAGCCGGCGUCAAGGCUCUCCAGGUCUCCUGCGGCGACCAGCACUCGGCCGUCGUCACCGACGACGGCCAGCUCUUUGUGUGGGGCUGCGGCGCGGGCGGGCGUCUCGGACUGGGCGACGAGUCCGACCAGCCGACGCCCGUGCGCGUCCGGAGCAUCGCGGGCACGCACGUCACGCAGGUCGCGUGCGGCGCGCGCCACACGCUCCUCCUGGACGACGCCGGCGCCGUAAUGGCAUGCGGUGCCGGCCCCGCGACCGGCCUCGGCGCAAAGGCGGCCGCCCCGGACGCCGCAGCCGCGUGCGUGCCGUGCCCCGUGCAGGGCGCCGUCGUGGGGCAGAAGUGCAUCGCGCUGGCGGCCGGGGCGCGGCACUCGCUCGUGCUGACGCAGCACAGCGCGGUGUUCGCGGCGGGCGAGAACGCGCACGGCCAGCUCGGGGUCGGGGACAGGGAGACCCGCGCGACGUUCACGCAUGUGCCGCUCGCGGGGCCGGAGGCGACGGCGGAGGGCAAGCAGUUCCGGCGCCUCGGGGCGGUGUCGAUCGCUGCGGGCGCAUACCACUCUGCGGCGGUGACGCACGCGGGGGACCCGGUGACGUGGGGCGCGGCGGGGCCGAGCAGGGAGGCGGCGCCGUCGCCGGAGGCGCUGGCGAAGGCGAGGCCCACGGACAUCCUCGACAGGGAGGUGCAGAGGGAGCAGGGGAAGGCGCACGGGUCCAAGGACGACGACUUCGACGGUCUCCUGCGGCCGCAGAGCCCCGACAUGCCCGCGGAGGCGAAGAGGGACGGGUACGGCAUCCUCAACUUCAUCACGGAGGCGGACGCGCGGGAGCUGGCGGGCGUGGAGGUCGGCCCCAACGGCGAGGCGCUGCGCCUGGGGUACAACAGCCUGGGUCACCUGCGUCAGGAAGGGGCCGGCGACCGGCUGCUGCCGAUGCUGCUGCAGGGCGGGUGGAUGGCGGACGGGCGGCACUUUGCGUGGGUCGCCGCGGGGGGGUAUCACACCGCGGCAACGACGCUCUCCGGGGAUGUGUUCACGUGGGGGUCGGGCGGGGGCGGGCGGCUCGGGCACGGCCACGAGAAGGCCGCGGUGACGCCGACGCUGGUCGGGCCGCUGGCGGGGCGGCUGCCGCGGCCGCAGCACGUGCUGUAUGCGGCGAGCGUGAGGAGGGCGGACACGGUGCUGGCGGUGCGGGUGGCGCGCAAGCGGUCGACGUGGGACGUCGGGGCGGCGAAGGCUGCGUUUGCGGACUGGAAGGGCAAGGUUGUGCCGUGGGGGGACGGCACGGGCGACGGCGACGACGGAGGGCUGCUGGGGAUAUUGCCGCGACGCGGCGUGAGCUCGUUCGUGGUGCGGUCGCAGACGAAGGCGCCGGGGCGAGAUAAGCUGACGGAGGCGGUGCGCGCGCAGUCGCGGCCGCGAAAGUAG